UGGAGACCUACUAAACCUUGUGAAUUUGCAGGCAGGCGACUAGAGAUUUUGCAUACAAAGUCACAGCAGACGAUCUCUCUGACGCCCAUGGCAACCAGAAGUUUAAAUCGGAUACUAGCAACCGUGAUGAUCUCUUCUGCAGCCCUCUCUCUCACCCCCAAGCCAGCUUUUGCCUACUUAACUCAUCCGGCAAGCACAGAUUCCAUCAUUUUCGACGCUAAGGAGAAGAUGAAAACAAUGGGUUACCACUCAUUUUUUACCCAAAAAGAUCAUGAAAGCAGUGGAGACAAGGGAAAUGAGAUGCAAGAUGAGAUCAAAUGUGGCAACGUUGUCAGUCGAUUGUUCCAGAUGGUGAAUAAAGACUACAAGUGUCCAACACUUGAUCAUUCUGUGUCAGAAUUGAGUAAAACUAACUGUGGAACUUUCCCUCUAGAGAAAGGGAAACUGCUGAAAAAAGUACUAGAGGAUGAGAAUUACCAUGUUGAAAAGAUGUACAGUUCAGAGGUUUGGUACCGGGAUGUUAAAAAGGGUAAAGGUGCUAUAGCAACAGAUGAUCAGAUUUUACAGCUGAGGAUCCACUACAACCUUUAUAAUGAUGCCGGAGAUGCCCUUUUUAACAGUUUAGAGCACAAGACUUCUUCGGUGGAAGUCCACUUGUGCGAUCAUAUAUUUGGGCCAGGAGUUGUGAAAGCGAUUAAAGACAUGCGAGUAGGAGGAAUAAGAAGGAUUAUUCUUCCUGAGGAAUAUGCCCCGAUGAUUUCUAAGCGUGGUACUCCAAACAUCAAAGCGUAUGGAGUCAUGGAUGUGGAGUUGGUUGCAGUUUGUGCAUCCCCUGUGUGUUGCUCCUAACGUAAAUCCUAAAUAAUAAUAAUAAUAAUAAUAAUACUUCAGUUGUCUUCCUUUUACAGACAUUAUUGUAAUAAAUAAGGUAGAAGUAGAAAGGGGGCUGUGGACAUGCAUCUUCAUGCGAUAGAAACAAUGAAUCAGAUGAGAAAUGAGAACCAGGCCCCCCCUAGUCUAGUCUUGAGUUUCUCUUAAUCUAUUCUGAAUCUCUGAUGGGUCAUUUGAUUUUAUUUAAAAAAAUAUUUUCAC